CAGCACAACAAGCGCGCUUGCGCCAUCCCAUGAUUCUCUCUGAAACCUGCUGAAGAGGCUCGGAGUUGAGAGCUAAGAGACGAGCUAUCCGUAAUGUCGGAAAAGAAACAGACCGUGGAUUUGGGCUUGUUAGAGGAGGAUGAUGAAUUUGAGGAAUUUCCAGCCGAAGAUUGGACAGGCCUGGAUGAAGAUGAGGAUGCCCAUGUGUGGGAAGAUAACUGGGAUGAUGACAAUGUAGAGGAUGACUUUUCCAAUCAAUUGAGAGCUGAGCUUGAAAAACAUGGAUACAAGAUGGAGACUUCGUAACCCUGAACGUCCUGAGCUGAGGAUUGUUUGUUUUAUCACAUUUGAAUGCUGUCAGUUCCGUCUGCCAGUUUACAAAUGUGAUUUUGCUUAUUUCCUCAGUAAGACGCCAGGAAUUCUGACGUUUGCCAGGAAUGGAAAGGAAAUAGUUUGUAUGCAUGUGUGAGAGAGCGAGUGUGUUUGAGGGUGUUAUGGUUUUGUUUUUUUAAAUCUUGUGUUCUCCACAAACCAUUUGUAUUGUGUUUAGUUAUGCUAUUAAAGCGAUUCUCUAUCUAUCAA